AUGCCAUGGGAGGAUCUUAUAUAUGCGCUUUUUCUCGUUAUAUCAUUACUUACUGGGUUUCUUGUCCAAAAAGGAACUCAUGACCUUCGCCGAAAUGUUUGCAUCGGUGUUGGAGCUACGUUGUCAAUUGUCGUGUGUGGAACGGAUGUUUGGCACUCUUUCGUACUUGCGUUCGGUUUCAUUCUCUUCGUGUCUUUGAUAAGUCCAAGACACCUCCAUUAUGUCACAUUUAUUUGGGGAUUUGCAUACAUCGGAUUCUUUCACAAUGUCGAAUACUUCGGAUUCUCUAAACCUUCCCCAUUUUGCAAGAUUUAUCAUUUAUUUCUAACUCUAAGGGUUGUCGGUGUUGCAUUUGAGCUGCACGACACAUGGAAAACUACUUACAUGUUGAAGAAGUUGAAAAAUGACAAAUCAGAGGAAUACAAAAAAUUGCAACUUAGAUUAAAGUAUAAGGGAGUUUUUGCCUCGCCUGUCGACCUGCUGUGCUAUAUGUAUUCGUAUGUUGGAAUGCUCACCGUGUCUUAUAAGAUAUCCUCGUUAAUUUAUUGUUUUUGGUCUCUUACAGGUCCUUACUACUCGUACAGAACCUUCAAUGACAUGCUUUCCGGCUGGCCUACAAACGCGCCCAAGAUUUCUCUUGAUCCGUUCUUUCGACGUCUUCAAGAAGCUCCCUUCUUCGGUGUUGCUUACUUCUUUUCAUCCUAUUUCUUUUCAGUCAGCCAUGUUCGAUCGCCAGAAUUCUACGAGCACGGGUUCAGCUACCGAUUCUGCUACAUGAUUAUUAUCUUCUUCGUCCUUCGGAUGCGGCUUUACGUUGCCUGGCUGAUGGCCGAGUGCUCCUGCAUGACUGCUGGUCUGGGCGCCUACCCGGCUCUAUCCAAGCCUCACGUUGGCGAGGGUCCGACUGAUCUGAAAGCUCUGGAUGAUUGGAUGACAAGUUUGCAAUCAGCUAGCUCUGAUGAACGAGCCGAAGGAGGAGGAGGAGCAGAAGAGGAAUCAAUCGACCUAGACUCCGCGUCUGUGGAUCUCCACGAGGAGCAGGAACCCUUGGAUGGUUUUUAUACUUUCGAUACGAUUCAAGCCGUCAGUGUGUGGCAGUGUGAGUUCUCGCCGUCCAUUCGCGAGGGCAUGAAGGCCUGGAAUAUGACGGUUCAGUACUGGCUUUACAAGACCAUCUACUCACGCUGUCCUGGGCCACGACUAGUUCGGUACGUUUUUUAG